ACCUUCGCCCAGCGCGGACUUCUAUCCGCGUCAAACCUUCUCGCAAUAGUCGUAUAGCACAGUCGAGAAGAUCGGACGAGUGAUCGUCUGAUGGGGAACGCGGCGAUCGAGACGCAUGUGACGUCACUCGAGGAAAAAUCGCAUUAGACGACGCGCAUCGAUUUCACGCCGUUUCCGCCGGUCUCCGGGAUGAGUUCGAGAGUGGACACGCGGACGGAUCGGCGCGCUUCGACGGCUGCCACCGGCGAUCGUGUACAGUGACCGGCACGUGACGUCGCACGCCCACCCCCCGACGACGAAUCGCGUGAGAUGAUGACCUUCGUGACGGAUACGGUGCCUUACGCCUACGAAGCGGUCACGAGGUCGGCCUACGACGGUUACCGGCACCACUUGCACCACCAUCACCACCACCACCAUCAUCCGCAUCAUCCCCAUCGAUAUCGGCGCGUCUACGCGCCGACCGAGUCCGAGUAUCUGCAGGGAUACGUCAGCAGAAGGGACACGGACGAUCGCGCGAGGAUUAUCGGCGCUAACAACGUCUUGGCGUCAGCCGGCUCGUUGAACUACCGCAACGACCGCGUCAGGUCGCAGUCUCGGUACACCCUCGAUUCGGACGACGCCUCGUCAGUGAUAUCGGCGGACGCUUCGGCCGACCUCGAGUCCGGCUCCGCGGACGCCGACGAGACCAACGAGAUCAGCGAGGCCAACGAGACCAACGAGACGAGCGAGGCGACCGAGGGCGAGUCGAUCGAGCAUGUGCCCCAUCCUCACGUUUUGGAUGCCGGCUCGCCGCAUGGGCCGCGCAGGUGUCUCCUGUGGGCCUGCAAGGCCUGCAAGAAGAAGACGGUCACCGUCGACCGGAGGAAAGCCGCCACCCUGCGCGAGAGACGGCGCUUGAGAAAGGUCAACGAGGCCUUUGAGGUGCUCAAGAGGCGAACGAGCAACAACCCCAACCAACGUUUACCGAAAGUGGAGAUAUUGCGGAACGCCAUCGAGUAUAUCGAGAGUCUCGAGGCGCUGCUGCAAGGAAAUAGGCCUUCCGGACAUCAGGAUCACCCUUCCGCUGAGAGCAUGAAUGGAGAGUCGCCGCAGUACGUGACGGACAGACUUCGGCAAUUCUCGGAUCCUUUGGCAAGGUUUCAACCAAUUAACGGUUUCGAGCAAGCCGAGGUGUUGUCCUCGCAAAAUAACGGGAGCAGCCUGGACUGUCUCAGUAUGAUCGUGCAAAGCAUCAAUGGGCCGUUGCAGCCGUCGUCUGAAAGCCAUUAUUCGUCUCACCACUAAAGUUGUACGGUACCGAGGCUCUUGAUCCUUUCGGAUCGGUCUCUUUCCUUGGCUCUCCCGGCGACGAUGUGACAUUCGAUACUUCAAUGCGCGUACACGGCCGUAGACCUGACUGUCUCUUCUCAGAAUUAUCAUAUCAUAUUACGCAGGGUGUUCCAAAGGUCGUCAACGAUUCGCGGAUGAGCGAGCGAAGAUGAAUGAUACCUGUUCUGUAUAUUGGCUCGUCAAUAGUAAUAGCUAAUCGUACAAUUAAAAAAGAAUAAGAAAAGCCGCGCGCGCGCGUGUGUGUGUGCGUUUUUAAGCUUGGGGAAACUCCGGGGAAGAAGUAUGUGAUUUCUGAAACACUGUAUAAAUUUUCAUGCCGAACGGACAUUCGAUUUUUAUCGAAACGAGAAUUACGGGCACUGCGAGCGAUUAAUAACUUCAGGAGGCUCGAUAAAAGCACGCACAAGCAUGGUAUAGAUUUCCAAUUGCUACCGGCACAUCUAUGCGAGAUAUCGAAAGCGCUGUGGAAUAGUAAAAUAUCUCAUCUAUACUAGAGGAAAAUACCUUGAAGGAUAAUCUUAGCCUCCCCGCGCGAGCGUAACUCGAGACAUUGUAGCUGGUACGCGAAGUGUACGUGGCAGAGACGAAAAUUUAUAGCAGAGUGUAAAAAUUUAUUACGAGCCAAUUAUUCGUUGCAACUUUUUUACGAUUAUUUUAAUUUUACAUGUUUAUGAAGCGAACGAUCCUAUUAACGCCCAUUCAGCGAUAUUAUAACGUAUGCGUAAAGUGCAAAACGACGGGAGUGCCAGAAAUAUUCUUUCACAUUUCUUUCACUUUCCUUCACUUGUCCCUUUGCUUCUUCCGCGGCAAGCAAAUGAAAGUUUCUGUAGGUAUCUUUUGCCGAAAAUAGCAGCAACAGUCACAUCGCUAACAGAAAGCUUGUACGUAAUCACGCACGGAGAGAAUUUUCUGUUAAAAUUUAGUCCCGAAAGUCAUGUAAUCGCGGGACAACGCGGCGUU